AUGCUCUUGCCAUCAGCAGCUGCCCAUACCUUCUGGCAGCAGUUUAUUUCUUCUACAAAUAAGCUGCAGCUGUCCAUACUCUUCCACCACAGCAAGCUGCUUCUGGAGACUGACCCUGGCCAGCACCGGGUGGCAAGUCUCUUACCACCAACGACGGCGUCCCCGGGGAGGGCGAGCGCCGAGGUUCCCGAGUGGCAACGGCCGGGUCCCAGUCCUGCGGGGGCCGGAGGGAAGCUCCGGCGGGCGGGGGGCCGGGACCCUGACACUCCUCUGCGGACUGACCCGGUAGACGAAAAGGUGCACAGCCUACGAAUUCACCUGUUCUGCACAUUAGUUAAUGCUCAUCAAGCUGCACAGAAUGGAACUUCUUUUUUUCAUGGACUCCUGACAGUGACGCCAUGCCCCUGGACCUCAUCAUCCAUCUGCCGCCAUCUGUUGGUUUGUUGUUGUUGGCAAUUGCUUGGAUUAACUGUGAGGAAAUAUCCAUAUGUUCCUGUGGUCAUUAAGACAGGUUCUUCCACUCUGAAAAAUUUCCAUACUGUUCUAACACCAAGAGCCACUCUCGGUGUAGCUGGAAGAGGUUUGAAAGGUGCUCCAGUAUUAUCUCAAGGAUUACAGCCUGAACAAGAACGACAACUGUGGAAUGAGAUAGAUGACGCUUGUUCGGCCUGGCUGUCCCUUGAUUCUCAGCCUCAGGCAUCCAACGCACUGGAGGAGCUUUGCAUCACAAUUAUGGGGACUCUACCAAAGCCCCAGGAAACAGAUGAAAAAGAUAAUACCAAAAGGUUCUUAUUUCAUUAUUCAAAGACACGGAAGCUGGGCAAUUCAAAUGUUGUGUCGUCUGUCGUCCAUCCGCUACUGCAGCUUGUUCCUCAACUGCAUGAGAGAAGAAUGAAGAGGUUCAGACUGGACGAAGAAUUCCAAGGUCCUAUUGCAAGUCAAGUUCGAAGACAGUUUUUGUUCAGGCCACGCAAUGGAAGACGAUCAGAAGGUUACAUUUAAAAUGAAGCAGUACGAGGGAAUGCAAAAUGU